AUGACGAGCACGCUCCCCACAGUUGCGCUCAUCGGCACAUGCGACACAAAGUUCGACGAGCUGCUGUACGUCCACGACAAGCUCGUGCAGGAACACGGCGUCCAAUGCAAGCUGAUAGACGUCGGCCGCACGCCUUACUCCCACCCGUCCAUUUCGUUCUCGCACGCUGAGAUAUUCGGAAACUCUAGGAUACCUCCUCCGCCCGACCUGCUGGCCCUUCCGCGGGGCGAGCUCAUCUCUACGGUCAUCAAGCACACGAUUCCAUUAGUGCGAUCGCUGUACACUUCACGCGCCAUUCAUGCCGCUAUCUCGCUCGGAGGCAGCGGCGGCUCGUCCCUAGGUGCAGAAGUAAUGCGCGCGGCACUCCCGCUCGGUUUCCCGAAACUCAUCGUCAGCACCAUGGCCGCAGGCGACGUGCGCCCCUACGUCGGGGAGUCCGAUCUGGCCAUGAUGCACAGCGUCGUGGACAUCGCGGGGCUGAACGACAUCCUGAUGCCCGUCCUCGACAACGCGGCCGGCGCCAUCGCCGGUAUGGCUCGAGCUCAGCACGCUCGUCUCCUCCGCGAGGCUCCACCCUCUCCUAGCACCGGCCUCCCAACGUCGGCCCCCGGCAACAGACGCAUCGCCAUCACCAUGUUUGGGGUGACCACGCCGGCCGUAACGCAUGCGCGUGCGAUCCUGUCCGCCUACCCGUGCACGACGUAUGUCUUUCAUUGCUCUGGAGCAGGCGGGCGCGCCCUGGAGCGGCUUGCUGCCUCCGGCUUCUGGGCGGGUAUCCUCGACCUUACAACGACGGAGCUUGCGGACGCCCUGCUCGGAGGCGUGCUCAGCGCGGGAGACACGCGGCUUACCGCGGCGGCCAAGGCGCGCAUCCCGCAGGUGGUGUCCCUCGGCGCGCUAGACAUGUGCAACUUCGGGCCACGAUCCACUGUGCCUGGGAAGUACGAGCAGCGGAACUUGUUUGAACACAAUCCGAGCAUGACUCUGAUGCGCACCUCGCCGAGCGACUGUCUGACACUGGGCAAACAAGUCGCGGAGCGCCUGAAGGAUGCGGACCCUUCCAUAACGGAGAUAUGGAUUCCCAGGCGUGGAGUGAGCGCACUGAGUGUGCAGGGAGCCCCGUUCUGUGAUCCCGACGCAGAUGAAGCACUGUUCUCCGCCGUGAGAGAAGGACUGAGAGGCACCAAAAUCCCCGUUGUGGAGGACGAUCGAGAUAUCAACGAUCCUGAGUUUGUCGAACAGAUGGUGCAGAGACUUGUAGGGAUGUUGAAUAUCCUAAAGAGAUGA